AUGAUGGGUAUUAUCUUGAUAACUUUAGAUGUUACAGAUUGCCAAAUUGUUUGCAUUACUAUGAUAAAAAUUUGUCAAAAAGGUACGAUCCGUCAUUGUUCAGUUUAUACAAAUAAAGAUACUUGUUCUAAAUGUUUGGAAGGAAUGAAACCCGUUGGAACACAAUGUGAAAAGAUCAAUGGAUGCAUCUCUUCUAAUGGAAUCAUAUGUGAGAAUUGUGAACCAGGAAUGUCUUUAAAUAACUCUGAAUGUCAACCAUGUGCCUCAGACAAGUGUAUUGAAUGUAAUAAUCCAUCAUCUAUUUGCUCAAAAUGUGUAAAUAGAUAUACUAUUACCACUAAGGGGGGAUGCAAGAAAUGUGAAGAAAUGGAAGGCUGCACAAGUUGUGCAAAUGACAAGGAAGAAUGGUGCACUUCAUGUUCAAAUAAUUAUAGACUUGUUAAUCAUCAGUGUUACCAAAACAUAGAGGGGUGUUAUAGCUACAACAAUAAUCCAAAAGUGUGUGAUAUAUGUUCAAAUGGAUACACAUUAAAUAAUGGAACAUGUAUAAAAUGUGAAGAAAUUGGGUGUGAUAAAUGUGAUGCUAAUGGUCAAAACUGUUUAUUGUGUCGUUCUGGAUACACCUUUAAUGGAACAAACUGUUUGAAGUGUAAAGAUCGUUGUAGUUCAUGUUUUGAUGAUUUGUCGAAGUGCUCAAGCUGUUCAAAUCUUGAUACCGACACGUGUGAUGAGUGUUUUUUAAUGUGUGUUCCCAAAGUAAACAAGACACGUUGCACAGAUAAUGCUUGUACUGUUAAUAAUGAAAGCUUUAACAUCUGCACUGAAUGUCAAAACAAUUAUUUCCUUGAUGAUGAUUAUUAG